CUGCACACAGUACCGAGCGCAAUGCGACACUUGAGUUCGAAUUUUGAAUUUUAUUUUUAAAUUUUCGAAAUAAUUAGGAUUUUGUUUUUUGUUUUCUUUUUAAAAAUGUGAAAGUGACGAAGGAGUUUGUGAAAUGAGUACCUACUUCCCGUAUAGGCGGCCGUCGAAACUGAACGAGUAUGGCCUGAAGAGGGUGCCGGACUACACAGAGCUAGCCUACAAGGAGGCUGUGUCCAAGCUGAGAUACUUCUUGUCGGGGAACUAUGCUCCAAGCGUACGCAGCUAUGGCGGGUCUCCCUCCAUCAAGAACCUGGACGAGUCGGACGGGGAUCUGGACAAGAAGUACUCUUCGCCAUACCACGCCCUGGCGGAGUACAAGCCACGCCCGCGUCUUACUGCCAAGUACGCCACGCUGUAUGCCGAUAGUCUGCACAACUAUACGCCGCAGCAUCACACCACUACUGUACCAGCACCAACAACGGGGUCUGGAGGCGGGGACCUGUCAGGCGGCACCAACCCCGACGUGGUGAACUUCAUCCAGAAGCAGGAGGAGUACAUAGAGCAGCUGGAGCGCGAAAGCCAGUACUGCAGGGAUGAGUUGAACAACCUCCUCGGGAAAGUCAAAGAGGUGAUAUCCGAGAACGAACAUCUGCAUGAAGCUCAGAAGAACAAGCUGAUCUCCCGAAUGUUCCACUCGUACAACGCUGGCUCGGAAACCGAUGAGCUGGACGAUAUAGGAGAUAGCACUGGCCUGGACAGCGACCAUAAGCUGUCACCAUCCAAAGGCCGCAGGUCGGCCAAGGUCCGGUCCACCAAAUUGGAAGGCCCUAACAUAGUCUUCGAGUCCCGCAUUGCUGAGCUGGAAGCCCAGCUCACACAGGCCAAGAUCGACCUUAAGAAAGUGCAGGAAGAAAAUAAUGAGAAUAAACGCAAACUAGCCUCUGGGCUUGUUGACUCAUCGUGCCUCGACGGCUUCAAAAGGCAAAUUGAUAAUUUGCAAAGGGACAAAUCCUCUCUAGAAGCGCAAAUAUCGAAGCUGAAGUUGAGCCUGGAGCAGAAGGACAGUGACCUGGACGGACGGUACAAGCGCGGGACAGACGCAGUGGAGCAGCAGCUUAGGGAUGAGAGGAACAACCUGGAGGCUGAGAUACGCAGGCUCAAGGACGAUUUGAAUAAAGAACGCAACAAAGUUCGCGAAAUGGCCGGCGAGGGAGCGCGUCGAGCUAUCCAAGAGAGGAGCGCGGCGGAACAGCGAUACAACGCGCACUUUGACGAGCUGCAACACGAUCUAGCUGCGCAAUACGAUAACGUGGCUAAGUUGCAGCUCGACUUGGAGCGCCAACGUCGCGAAGAAAACGACUUGAAGCGAGAGCUGUCCAUGAAGAACUCUGCCAUCGACGAGCUAAAGAUGGAGUUAAAGAAUAAAACAUCAUCUCUGCAAGCAGACCUGGCUCAAGCCCAUGCUGAGAAGGCGUCCCUGGAUGAGGAGCUGGCCAGCGCCAGGCUGGCUAUCGAGCGCCACCAGCGUCAGAACAAGCAUGAGACCAACCGCUUGAACUCUGAGAUCCAAUCUCUCCGUCAACGUCUCGACCGAGCGGAUGCAGACUUAGUGCACUCGCGUCGAGAGAACUUGCGUCUCACGGAACAGAUAGCCAAUCUUGAGAAAGAGAUGAACAUGAAAAAUUUGACUCCAAUUUCACCGGAGAAGAAGAAGGAUAAAGAACUGUCCACGAUGCUAGAAUCGAUGGAGAACAAGCAUGCUAAAACGGUGGCUGAGUUGGAGUGCAUGAUACAAUCACAAAACAGUCUGAUGGAGAAACUCACCGGUGAAUGUCGUUUGCUAACAGACAAGCUCGACGACGCAAAUCGUAGGCACAAGGAAGAACUGGCCACUCUGCAGCGUCAAGUAGACACCCUCGGGCGGUCGCUGCAACCCUCUCACUCAACCUCACCUAGCGUUUAUCAAGCACCACCCACGCACGCGUCCUCAACCAACAGAAAUGUACCACAUACCCAAACCGCUCCCAGACCAGACAAUUCCAGAGAUAACACCCCCGGAUACCCCGGACUCCCUGACCAAGGAGUCGCCGAUGCCCGACCAGACUCUCGAGCAGAACUUGGACAACCAAGAACAAUCAGAAAACAAGAAUCUAGAACCUCUUUACUAAGUCAGAAAGAAGAUCCCCCAUACGAUGCCAAUCAGUCUCACUCACCAGAAAAUGACACACCUGUUUACGAAGAAAGUGCGAAUGUGGAACAUACGAAGGAAAUGGAAGACGUUGAUGAUGUAAAAUUAACGACCGAUGCCGAAAAACCGAUGGAAGUUGAACAACCACAAGAAUAUGAAGCGACAAAUCAGAAUUACGCAGAAGGGAAUUACGAGCAAUACGAUCAAAAUUACGAACAAGGUCCAGUGACAAGUGAGAAUGAGUAUCAGAAUCAAGGGUAUGAGCAAAAUUAUGAGCAGCCAGCGUAUACUGAAGGACAGUACGAGAAUUACGAACAGCAACCGCAGUAUGAAGGGGAGUACCCACAACAGUAUACUGAUCCUAAUGCCCAAUAUGAAAACCAGUAUGAAAAUUAUGCCACAGAUGGAAAUUAUCAAAGUGAACAGAGUUACGACAAUACACAGAAUCAGGACUACCUUCCACAAAAUUUAGAAGGGAGUCAAGAAUAUGAGCCAAACCAAGAUCCAAGCCAAGAUGUAGCGCCAAAUACGCGAGUAGAAAGUCAAAGAAAUGUUUCACCAAAAGAAAACAUUCCUAGCCAAAGUUAGCAAACGUUUUAAGAGAUUUUGAUUAUUUUUGUGCAAUAUUUUUUGUUGUUGAUUUAAUUUAAGCUUUUAUGAAAUUGUAUUCGUGUUAGAUUCUUGUAGAUAGACACUACAGUGUAGAUAUAGAGCUUUUGAUGUUAGGGUGUAAUAAAUAUGGUUCAUUAUGAACCUACCUAUAACUUCAAUAUAGUACCUAUAAAAAGUAAACUGAAAUAACUAAUUUAAUUAAGAAACUUGAGCAUUACAGAGAGUAAGAAUGUUGGUUGUAGGCAUAUAAAGUACCUACGUUAUUAGAAAACACUUAUAAAAGCCUUGUAUGGCUUCAUUAUAUCCUACUAUCCAUUUAUCGUAGAAAUGUUAAUAUCACAAAAAUAUUUUGCUCAAUAAAAUAUUUAGAUGA